UUUUUGCUACUACGGUGUGCCCUACUGAACACGACCCAGGUUCCACCUAACGCUGUGGAACUUCCCCCCUCCGUCUCUCUGUGGCUCGGGCCAGGGAGUUCUUGUUACUCAUUGUGAUGUCAUCCGUCCUAAAGCCUUGGGCGUCACUUUUAUCCGAGAGAGGGAGAGUUACGCGUUCCUCGGCUUUAAAGAAGUUCAUUCCAUGUUUUAAGAUGAUUAGCCUGAAUAACUACCAAUCUGUAUAAUAAUCUUGGACGCUGGGUGGUUGUAUAUGUGCUUUUAAAACGGCACAGACAGACAAUAAUAGAAUAGUAUUAGUUCCAUAUACACUACCAGUCAGUAGUUUGGACACACCUACUCAUUCAAGGGAUUUUCUUUAUUUUCUACAUUGUAGAAUAAUAGUGAAGACAUCAAAACUAUGAAAUAACACAUAUAGAAUCAUGUAGUAACCAAAAAAAGGUGUUCAACAAAUCAAGCAUUCCAGGUGAAGCUGGUUGAGAGAAUGCCAAGAGUGUGCAAAGCUGUCAAGGCAAAGGGUGGCUACUUUGAAGAAUGUCCAAUACGUUUUGAUUUGUUUAACACUUUUUUGCCUGUAAUAAUAUGAGAAGUUUACUAUAGUGGGGGAAACGUGAUUUGUGUUGUAUAACAUGGCCUCUUUUACAAUACUAUCUCAAGCCCCAUUUCUACCUGGUGCUAACAUGGGUUCUGAUCUUGACUACAUUCUGAUUUUGCCCACAUUUCCAAAAAUGUGUCUGUUAUCCACCCACUGUGUCUGUUAUCCACCCACUGUGUCUGUUAUCCACCCACUGUGUCUGUUAUCCACCCACUGUGUCUGUUAUCCACCCACUGUGUCUGUUAUCCACCCACUGUGUCUGUUAUCCACCCACUGUGUCUGUUAUCCAUCCACUGUGUCUGUUAUCCAUCCACUGUGUCUGUUAUCCACCCACUGUGUCUGUUAUCCACCCACUGUGUCUGUUAUCCACCCACUGUGUCUGUUAUCCAUCCACUGUGUCUGUUAAUCCAUCCACUGUGUCUGUUAAUCCAUCCACUGUGUCUGUUAAUCCAUCCACUGUGUCUGUUAAUCCAUCCACUGUGUCUGUUAUCCAUCCACUGUGUCUGUUAAUCCAUCCACUGUGUCUGUUAAUCCAUCCACUGUCUGUUAAUCCAUCCAAUGUGUCUGUUAUCCAUCCACUGUGUCUGUUAUCCACCCACUGUCUGUUAUCCAUCCACUGUGUCUGUUAAUCCAUCCACUGUGUCUGUUAUCCACCCACUGUGUCUGUUAUCCACCCACUGUGUCUGUUAUCCACCCACUGUGUCUGUUAUCCACCCACUGUGUCUGUUAUCCACCCACUGUGUCUGUUAUCCAUCCACUGUGUCUGUUAUCCAUCCACUGUGUCUGUUAUCCAUCCACUGUGUCUGUUAUCCAUCCACUGUGUCUGUUAUCCAUCCACUGUGUCUGUUAUCCAUCCACUGUGUCUGUUAUCCAUCCACUGUGUCUGUUAUCCAUCCACUGUGUCUGUUAUCCAUCCACUGUGUCUGUUAUCCAUCCACUGUGUCUGUUAUCCAUCCACUGUGUCUGUUAUCCAUCCACUGUGUCUGUUAUCCAUCCACUGUGUCUGUUAUCCAUCCACUGUGUCUGUUAUCCACCCACUGUGUCUGUUAUCCAUCCACUGUCUGUUAUCCAUCCAAUGUGUCUGUUAUCCAUCCACUGUGUCUGUUAUCCAUCCACUGUGUCUGUUAUCCAUCCAAUGUGUCUGUUAUCCAUCCAAUGUGUCUGUUAUCCAUCCAAUGUGUCUGUUAUCCAUCCACUGUGUCUGUUAAUCCAUCCACUGUGUCUGUUAAUCCAUCCACUGUGUCUGUUAAUCCAUCCACUGUGUCUGUUAUCCAUCCACUGUGUCUGUUAUCCAUCCACUGUGUUUGUUAUCCAUCCACUGUGUCUGUUAUCCAUCCACUGUGUCUGUUAUCCAUCCACUGUGUCUGUUAUCCAUCCACUGUGUCUGUUAUCCAUCCACUGUGUCUGUUAUCCAUCCACUGUGUCUGUUAUCCAUCCACUGUGUCUGUUAAUCCAUCCACUGUGUCUGUGUUGUGAUCAAAUUUCCUCAUCCCCUUCCUUUAUCAAAAAUUACUUCACAGCUAUUCUUUCAAAAAAUAUGAUUUAUAUAUUGUAAAGACACAUAUUGAUGUAAUCAGUCAAUUGCGCCACCAGUCAAUGAUUUAAAUGGUGUCUCUGUCCAGAUCUGUCUACACUUGUAAGAUAUCCAGACAAUGAGCGUCUGACUACCUCCAGGGGUGGGCAGGAUAAUCGGAUCACAAUGAGUCUUUUAGUCUUCUACACCCAUCUAAAAAUGUGGUCACAAUCAGAAUGUGGACAAGAUCAGGACACAUGUUAGAACCAGGUAUAAACGGGGCUACUGAGUGACAGACAGACUGACUGUAGAAUUGAUUGCUGAGUUGGAACCAUGGAAUGAUUAGAAUGUGAACCAUUCUAAUUCUACAAUAGGAGUUGCCUUCAAAUAGUGAAUGGCUCACGGUGUGUAGAAUAGCUUGUAUGAAAGGAUAUCAACACUCUUUGGGGCUGGACCCUGAAACAUUCAGUUCAUAGUAUAUAAACCAUUACACCACCUGGGACUGUGGUAGCUAGCUGUGCUUAAUAAUAUUAGCUGAAAUUAUCUAGCCUGGUCUCAGAUCUGUUUGUGCUGUUUUGACGACUCUUAUAUGGACAAUAGGAGUUGGCAAAACAUAUUUUAGGUCCCAGGCUUAAAAGUAUGGGGGUAGGUGCAGAGUAACUGACUGGAAUCACUGAAACAGGCCUCAUCUCAUAUAGAACACUGCUUAAGAUAAAUGGUACUGAUCUUCAGUCUAUCUGUUUUAAUGUACCAUGUGUGCUUACGUAAUAAACUUGACAACCUCAGGGUGUGGUUCUAGAACAAGCAGAA